UUUUUUUUUUCCGUCUCUUUCAAUGACGAUAUCCGAUAUCGACGACGAUGAUAGUUAUGCUGCAAGUAUUAAUCAUCCAACUUUUAUAAAGAAACUUGAUUCUUCUACAGUGUCCUCUAUUUCCAGUUCACGGUCUUCACUAGGCCAUUCUUCACGUAAUUCAUCUCAUGUCACUGGGAUACAUCACCCUUCCUAUAUACUGAGCCCAACUAUACAACAGCAUACCUCAGCAACUAGAUCUGUCGCGUCCUCCUCCAGCCGGUCAUUUCCAUACAAUGAUUUGGAACAAGAAUUACUACAAGAUACCUCAAUACCAGAUGUAGAUAACUCUGCUCUCUCUUCUCGACCGAAUCCUCUACUCACUACCUCUAGUAGAAUUUCUUCUCAUCGCCACCAUUCAACGGAUGAGGAAGCUUCAGUGAAUCUUUUUGAUGAUUAUUCCUCGACAACACGCCAACGGCUUGAACAAUCAUUUGCAGACCUAUUUGAUCGUCAUGCUCUUGUGCCAUCACAACACGAAAACGACAGUAAAGCAAAUAGAUCUGUGAUGGAUAUAAUGGAAACUCGAUGUCUUCGUAUGGAAGAAGUUUUUCAUUCUCGUAUACAGAUGCUGGAAGAUCAAAUUCAACAAAAGCAGGAACACGAACAGUGUAGUCCAUCUAGUCUUCGUCAAGACGUUUCCCAAGAACGAUCUAGUAAUAUCGAAAAUGAUCAAGACAAGUCAACUGGUGAACAAUCAAAUAUAUACCAACGUAUUCAGGAUUUAGAACAUUUUGUGGACCGUGUGGAGAAAUUGGUGCAGGAAACUCCUUGGAUGCCUCCUACUAUCAAUACAGCACAUGUGUGUGAACGACAUCAAGCAUGGAGCGAACGAGUGUUGAAGGAACGACCCAUUUUUGAUUCCAUGGAUGGACCCUAUUCGCCGGAACGAUUAGAAGCAACCUUCAAUAGAUUGAUCCAGUGGUCCUAUUCUUUACGUAGUAUCCAUCGACAUUAGAUAUAUAGUUCAUUCCAUCAUCUUAUGAUGAUACUCUUUUAUUACUCUCAUG